UGCAGCGUCUUAUGCAAGCAAACAGGCAGCUAUGGAAGCAGUUACCCGGGCCCUUUUGCCGAGAGGUGAGCCCUCCAGCUCGUGAGCUCGGCUAGCUAUAGGACAUCACAAGGCAGCAUCAGAAAGCUAGGGACAGCGAGACCAACCCCGGCAAGACUCAGCGGGAGGCGUGCCAGACCGUUCAAGCGCUGAACACGAAGGGGUUGAUAGAGAUGGCGACCGAGGUGCUGCCUCCCUGCGCUGCACGUCACCCGGAGCUCGUGUCAUCGACUCACGAAAAGGUGGCUGAGCAGGUAGUGCUGAUUCAGACCACCUCAAGCGCGCCAUCGGAGCCAGAGCGCGGAGAGACUGCCGCUUCGGCCAGCACACGCGUCGGUGCACAGGCCGAGUACCUACUGAUUGUGCAGGCCCAAGCAAGCGAUGAAUGUGUCACCAGUCAGGAGCGCGGGGUCCCCGCAACAGUCUCGGAGGCGCCUUCCGCGCACGUCCCGUCAGCGCGACCUGCAGAGGCCGCUUCAACCGGUCGCUUUACGUCUGAUAUCAGGCAAAGUGGCGCUGCGCGGCCCAGCGCUGGUUCGCGGUCGAAGUCAACUUUGACGUCAGAGGGCGCAUCGUCGGAAGAUGGUGCGCCUCCCUCCUCGGCUGCUAGCGCGUCCACGUCGAAGCCGGACAUCACACUGAUGGCGUCCGCAGUCGCGGCGUCAAAGCUCGGCCUGGCCGACCAACUGGCCCAGGCGCUUUCUCAGUGCCCUGCUGUGGCGCACGCUGCUGACGGUGAGGACCGCACCUGCCUGCACUACGCCGCCGGGUACGGGCACGAGGAGUGCGUGAGCCUGCUGCUGGAGGGCGGCGGCGACACGCGCGCGCGCGACGCCAACGGCGACCUGCCCCUGCACUUCGCCGCCAUCCACGGCCACCCCAUGUGCGCCUUCAACAUCACCAAGGCCUGCCCUGCCGCCUGCCUGACGCGCAACUACCGUGGCCAGACGCCAGUGGAGGUGGCGGUGGCAUGCGAGCGCGGCGAGGUGCUGAACGCCAUGCUGCUAGCCUGCGCAGGCGACGGCAGCGGUGGCGUCACUGUGCAGGCCAUGCGUAAGCUGCUGGCUAGUGGCGCGGUGCCGGACACGUGGGCACCCAACGGCAGCAGCGCGCUGAUGCUGGCGGCAGCCGCCAACGGCACAGAGGCGCUGGCGGUGCUGCUGGAGGCGGGAGCCACAUUGGAGCUGCAGGAUGCGCUGGGCCGCAGCGCUCUGAUGUUCGCGGCCGGCAACUGCGCGGCCGACACGCUGUCAGCGCUGCUGGCCGCCGGCGCUGCCAUCAGCCAGCGUGACCGGCGCGGCCGCAAUGUGCUGGACUACGCGCCCGCAGCUAGCGAGGUCCGCCGCCUGCUGCAGGUCCGGCUGGAUGAGUUGGAGGCUGUGGCAAACAAGCUGCAGCAGGACCUGCUGGCCGAGCUGCUGGGGGGAGGCGGCAGCGGGGCCGGAGCAGCAGGCGGAGGUGGAGCAGGAGCAGGGCCGGCGGCGUCCGGCGGAGCGGCAGAGGGAGGCGCCGGCGCCAGCUGCGAAGGCAAGGCUGCUGGAGGCAAGAAGAAGAAGGCGGCGGCGAAGAAGGCGGCAGCAGCUGCGGCCGCGGCAGCAUCGGCCUCAGCUUCAGCGGCUGCGGCAACGCCUGCGGCAGCCGAGCCCGUUGCGGGCAAGGUGUCGGCGGAUGCAGGUGCCGCGGCAAGAAAGGCGAAAACGUCGGAGCCGGCGCCACCGCAGCCGCAGCAACAGCAGCAGCCUGCUGUGUCCAAGGCCGCACGGUCGAGUAAGCAGCAGCAGGCGGCGGCUAAUGCCGCUGCACCGGCGCCGGCUGCGGAGGCGGCCCACCAACUCGACGGGGACGACGCCUCCUGGCAGACCGUCUCUUCACACAAGUGCGCCGCCAAGUCGCGUCAGCAGCAGCAGCAGCAGGAUCAGCACGAGGCCACAGUGUCCACAGCCCCCUCCAGCAAGCCCUCCGGAUCGGGAGUCGCGGCUAGGCCGCCAGCGGGGCCGAAGGCUCCAGCACAGGUGCCGCACUCGUACCCCGCUGCGGCUUCUGGCCAGGUGCCUGCCGGCAGCCGCCCCGGCUCCGCAAGCUCGGCGACCUCGUCGCAGUCGGCGGCGCCGGCAGCGGCCGGCAAGGCUGCGGCUGCGGGUGCCGCCAAGAAACAGCCACUCCUGAUGGCGCCGGCUGUCGUGGACGUGGCGGGAGCUUGCUCCGCUGCGCCCACGGUGGCGUCUGGCGUCUGCCGCUUCAAGGCUGCACUGCUCGGCGCGUCGGACGUCCCUGCCGCCGCCGUUCUUGCCACGGCGGGUGAGCAGGCGGUACCUGCUGCUACUCCAUGCGCGAGCGCGUCCGUGGCGGCGGCCGUGCACCUGCUGGCGCCACCCAUCGCCACCUCCGCGGCCUCCGUGGCCUCCGCAGUGCACGCCGAGCGCAAGCCAGCCUGGGGCGGUGUUAAGGCCCCCGCUGCUGCUGCCGUCGCCGCCGUGAAUGUCGCCGCAAGCCCGCGCUCAUACCCGCCUCUUGCCGCAACGGUCACCGGCGUUUUGAGCUCGGGGCCUGAUGUGCCGUCGACGGCGCCGAUCGCAGGGGCCGCGGCCGCCGCACCGGUCGUGCCUGCGCCGCCGCCCCGUGCGCUUCCGCAGACGCCCGCAGCGCCGCCGCAGACGCCCGCCGCCGGUUUGCAGACGUCUGCAUUUGCGCCCGCGCCGCCUCCGGCGGCCUCCGGCGGCUCCAGUCACCACGCUGGCUGCGACACAGGCAGCACGGCGCCGCCCUCCGUCGCGUCCGUCGCCGAGUCCGAGGUUGGCAGCUCAACCGGCCACAGCACCUGCAGCCACCCGGGCCACGGCGCCUCUUCGCCUCGGUCCUUCGGCCACCACAUCCUGGCCCACGACUGGACCCGACCCAGUCCCGUGGACGUGCUGCUCCAGGCCGCUCUGGCAGCCUCCUCCACCUCCGCCGCCUCCGUGUCGCACGCGGCGCCCGGCGCGAUGGCGAUCGUGGUGGCUGACCCCCAGGCCCUCCGCCCGCCGCAGCCUGCGCACGCUCUGCAACCCCCGCACCCGCACCCCGGCUGCCACCACAGCAAGACCAACAGCGCGGCGAGCAGCGGCGCGCUCUCGUCCGGCUGUGGCUUCGACGCCGCCGUGGGCGGCAGCACCGCCGGCACGUUGACGCCUGGGUCCGUCGACGGGCUGGCUGUCCAGCAGGCGGUUGCUGCGCCCGCAGCCGCACCCGCGCCUGUCACCGCGGUGCCGGUGCCGACGGCGGCCAGCUUUGGCGUCGGGGCGCUGGGCGGGACCGAGGUGCCGCCGCCUCGCCGCUCCGGAUGCGGCGAGUACCCUUCCGGCAGCAGCCCCGGCGUCGGCGAUGGUUCCUUGCGGCGCCUGAGUCUCGGCAGCUCCUCCGCCGCCGUGCCGCUUGCAAUGGCGCCGCCGGCGCCGGCUACGGGCAAGGUGAUGGGGGUGCUGGCCAGCAGCUUGGGCGCCGCUGGUGCUACUGCUGUCGCCCACGGAGGCGGCGGAGGCGGCGGAGCUCAAGGCAGUAGCUCCAUGUCGGAGGUGGCACGGCUCAAGGCCGAGCAGGAGCUGCUGCAUCGGCGGCUGCGCAAGGCUGAGCAGCGGCACAGUCAGGAGCUAGCGGCGGCACUCAUGGACGCCGAGGCACACGAGACAGAGGCGGUGGAGCGGGCGCUUGCGCAGGAGCGGCUCAGGAUCACCGCCAACCUGCUCGCCAUCGGGCUGUGCCCCGAGGCCAUUCUGGCCGUCAUCACGCCGCCCGGCCACGGCCUCACCGCGCUGGAGGCCGCGCAGCUGGCCGCCACGUCGGCCACCGCUGCAGGCGGUGCCGCGGAGGCCGCACCCGCGACGGGGCCGGCCGCGGCUGCGGCGCCCGCGCCCGCGGCGGCCGCUGCGUGCAGUGCUGCAGCGGUUGAGAGCAGCCCGCCGCCGGCACCACCUGCGACGUCUGCAGCAGCGGCGGCCCCUGUGUCGGCGACACACGCCGGCCGCCGGGGCGGACGGGGCGCCGGGCGCGGCGGCGCUGGUGCCAGUGCGCCAAGCGCCGCUGGCACGGCUGCCAGUGCUGCCGCCUCGUCUGCGCCUGUGUCUGCGUUUGCCGACGCUGCGGCGGUAUCGCUGAAGAAGGGCAGGGAGGGCAAGGGCUCCAGCGACAGCGGCAAGGGAAGUACCUGCGGCGCCGACGAGGACGCUGCCGGCAGCCGCAGCCCCGCCGGCCGCGCCGGCUCCGGCGCCAGCAACGCCAGCAGCGUCCACAACUCCGCACCGCGCCGCACCGCCCCCGCCGCGUCCGGCUGCAACCUGCAGACCAGCGGCAGCGGCCUGCUGUCCCUGUGCUUCGCCUCGCUCGCGACCACCGCUCCCUCGCCCGCCAUCGCCAUCCCUUCCGGAGGCGCCGCCGCCGCCGGGACUGAGGAGGCACAGCCGCCGCUGUCGCUUGGCGGCGGCUGCACCGCUGCCGCCACCGCGGCACUGCUGAGCCGCAGCAACCCCGCCUCGGAGCGGCACGCCGCCAUGUCGGCCGCCAGCGCUGCUGCCGCCUCCGGCGCCGGCUUUGGCACCAGCGUCGGCGCCCACGCGGGCGCGCUGGGCAGCGGCGCGAGCGGCCUCGGCAUCAGCCUCGGCAGCCUCAGCGGCGCCGGCGGGAUGCUGGCAGUCAGCUUUGGCGCCAGCGGCUCCGCAGCCCAAGCGGGAGCGAGCGUGGCUCCUGGCGGCACCGUCAGCGCGUUCUCGGGCCUUGCUGGCACCAGCUUUGACUCGGGCGUCGUGGGCAGCCUGUGCGGCGGCCUGGGUCUCGGCCUGGGGCUGGGGCUGCUUUCUAUGCCGGGCGGCAUGUCUGAUGCUGAGGCGGGCGCAAGCGCUGCGGGUGGCAUGGGCGGCGCCGCGCGGCGCCGACAGGCGGAGCAGGAGCUGGAGGACGAAGACGGCUUCGACCUCCCAGCGUGCGGAGACAUCUCAGCGCUGCUGGCGAUGUCAGACGACGAAUCGUAAUUACCAGUUAGCCAACUAGGCAAGCGCUGCAAGGACGUCGCAUUGGACGGCUGUCAGUGAAGCAAAACGUGCAGCGGUCGGAGCAGGAAAAGGUGGCAUAAGAAGAGCGUGGGAGAGGCGGCGGCAUUACGCGUGUACACUGUGCGUUAGAUUGUCUGUACAACAGGAGAAGAGAACUUCUGAUAUGUUGCGUGGGGGUUGGCCUUUCACUGUGGGUCCUAGCAGCGUUUGUGCGUGGGCGGCUUAGUUCUGGGUACUGGGUUUCGCUAAGGUGUGUUUGGAUAUCAGUUUGGUCGGGCGCAGCAUGGCUUGGCGUGGGCCUCUGUGUAGGUCAACCUCUACGGCAGCGUUCGUCGAGCAGGCAGGUUCCUGGGACUAAUACUCUUCGCAUGCCAUUCAUUUCGCGGCGGCGGGCACUGCAGGAGAGGUCUUGUGCGCCCCGCAGCGGGCUACGGCAGGGAGUGGGGGUCGGGGGUGCGGUGCGGCGCAUGGCGAUCGGAUACAGAUACGGCCGCACAACGGACAAGGGCCGGUAGGACAGAGGGAGUGCCGCGGGGAUGGCUGCUUUCUCCCCUGCAACAAGGGCGCGGCAUGGUAGAAGAAUCUCGAGCACAGUUUUCGAGGCGGUGCCAAGCUGCAUGGGAUAUCGUUGCACUUGGCAAGUAAGUAUACAUAGUUCUGAUAGGCGCGCAUGCCUUACAUAGGCGCGCAUGCCUUACAUAGGCCUUAAUUGCAACGCGGCGCCCAAUCAGGUUGCCGGCUUGUCGGAGGCGGCAUAACAGGCCAAUGGUGCGGGAAGCACGAGCGCGGCACCUGAGGAACAGUGGCGUUAUCCACGCCUUGGCGUAGGCGUGUGUGCGUGUGUUAAAGAGCACAAGGAAAAUAAACGCAAAAUGUGUGCGUGUGUGUAUGUUGGUAGCGGCGAAUGGAGCUGUUGGAACAACGUGUGUUGCAGCCGUGUGGGCGGUGGGCGCGCAGGCAGAGGCAAUGUCAAGUACUGAAGCCAGCAAAGAAGAGGGGUUGGAAGAGGUGCAUACUAUGCACAAAGAAGAUCAGUCAUUGCUACGGCGCCAGGGCGCGGGAGGAGAAGGGCGCACACGCGAAGCCGCAUGUCGGGUCCACCGGGCCGCUGUGGAGCGGCUCCACCCUCUUCAUCCUUGUAUGCAUUCCACUCGCAUCCAAUUCGGGGACACGCGCAGAGCUGCGCGUGUGUGGCAGUGUGUACUUGUACGGGGGGCGGAGUGCAGUGCUGUGAUUGAGUCAAAAGGUUUUUGUUUGUCAUGUCGGUAUCGUGUACGUCGUAUCGGUGCCGAGCGGUGAGCAGGCCGGAAGCCGGCUACUAUCACAGAAAUGCCAGGGAGAGGAGUGUGGCGGGAAGCCGGAUGCCUGCUGCUCGGCAAAGUGCAGGUUUUGGUACAAAGUAAAAGUGCGUGAUCGGCCCGUGCAAUGGAGGCGGGAGAUAGCGGAGUGUAAUGCGUGAUGUUUGAUGUACUCUGACGGUUGUGGUUGGGUCACAGCUUUUGUUGGAUCAUGUCGUACGGUUGAUUUUCUCGUGGUUGAGUAUCAGGGCGAGGCAGCAGCAGCUUUAGCGCCCCCGAGCUCGCAUGUCCUAAACGAUACGCUAUUUAAGUUUGUCGGGAACAACGUUAGUCUGCUGGCUUAGUCUGCUGGCUUAGCGACUUUCGUACUACGCGGGUGUUGUGUGGGCUCAUUCCGGAGCCCCACCUGCGCAGUGGCAGGCUGCAUGAGCACUCUCAGUUUUGUCUGGCGCGCGAAGCGUCGUGGCAGUGCAGAAGCGUGGAUUCGCGGUGCCGCCAGUAUGGCUGGUGUAGUCAUUAUAUCUUGCAAGACCGGGUGCGUUGUUGGGCAGAUCAUGCGGUGAUGCGGCAGCGCGAUUGUGAUUGUCGGUAUAGCGGGAGUCUGAGUUGACUCGGUCACACGGAUGUGAAGAUGGGCAUGGCGGGCGGCCGUUUUGGGGCCGGGGGCGCGAUGACACGCUGACAGCACGCCACGCAAGCCAUGCAGCGGUGUGUGGCGUGACGGUGUGUUGCUCGCGGUGUCCCCCGUGCCAGUGCUGCCGCCGCGCCCGGAGCACCUGGAGCCAGCUGGUGCCAUCCGGGGUGAGGGCUGCCAGGCGCCAUGCGAAAGGCAGGCGUGCGCACUUGUGGUGUGUGAGGCUGUGUGAGGUGCCGUGGUAGUCAAGGUGGUAGUAGGAGCGCACGUCGGCGGGGAGUUCUGUGUAACACAAAACACCA